AUGCGCGAAUCCAUCCAUCCGUUAGGACAUCUAGUUCGUAUUGAAGCUCAUGAGAUACGGGACAAGCACUGCUUUCUGCCUUAUCACGUAGUAAUUAAAGACUCUAGUUCAACGACAAAACAUCGCAUAGUCAACAAUGCUUCUGCUAAAACGAGCACGGGAGUAUCGUUGAAUGACUGUUUGAUGGUUGGAGCCGUUGUUCAAGAUGGUAGCUUCGAGAUCGCGUUAAGAUUUCGCGAGCAUCAAAUUGUGUUACUCGCAGAUAUCGAAAAAAUGUAUAAACAAAUACGUCUUCACCCAGACGAUGCGCAGUACCAGUUAAUAUUAUGGCGAGAAAACGAAAACGAUAGGUUGCAAACAUACAAGAUUCCGGUGGUUUUGUUCGGCAGCGCAUCAGCCCCAUUCUCCGCGACUCGCGUCCUUAACCAACUCGCGGACGACGAAGAAACCAAGUUUCCUUUGGCAAGCCAAGUUAUUAAACGGGAUAGUUACGUUGACAAUGUACUGACCGGGGCAGACGCGAUUGAAAAAGCCAUAGAAUUACGCGACCAACUAAUAAGUCUCACCAAGGCGGGCGAAUUCACUUUGAGAAAAUGGAUCUCAAAUGACUUACGCGUCAUUCAGUCACUGCCCGACUCAUUGACAAAUGUGGACUUAUUAAAUGAAACGUCAAACACGAAAGCGCUAGGCAUUCAAUGGAAUAGAGUGAAAGACGAAAUUGUUUACAAGAUCAUCGAGAGCUUUGAUGAUAAAAUCACGAAACGGACAAUUCUUUCAAAUGUAGCACGUCUUUAUGAUCCCAUAGGCUUAAUCGGUCCGGUGAUCGUAAAAGCAAAAUUAAUUAUGCAAAUGCUAUGGCAAGAUAAAAUUGAGUGGGACGAAUCGGUCCCUCAAUACAUACACACGGCUUGGUAUGAUCUUAGAAAUCAACUGUUUCACUUAAAUGAACUGAGGUUCACUAGGAAGGUAGCGAUUAAUAACGCGAUUCACAUCGAAAUACACGGGUUCUGUGACGCGAGCGAAAGGGCUUACGGCGCGUGUAUUUAUAUCCGCUCCGUUGAUAAAAACGGUAACAUUCUCACUACUCUCGUAUGUUCAAAAAAUCGCGUGGCUCCACUAAAGACCAUCUCUCUGCCAAAGCUAGAAUUAUGCGCAGCUUUGUUGUUAACCAGAUUACUAAAGACCUAUCUUGACGCAACGACACUCAAGUUCAAUUCUAUUUUUCUAUGGUCGGAUUCCUCAAUCACACUACAAUGGAUAAAUAUGCAGCCUUAUCUGUUGAACACAUUUGUCGCAAAUCGAGUAGCGGAGAUCAGAGAAAUUACAAGCACGAUAUCUUGGAGACAUGUACCGACGCGAGAUAACACUGCCGAUAUUCUUUCGCGCGGUUUAUCACCGAUUGAUCUAGUAAAACACGAAACCUGGCAAACUGGACCAACUUGGCUUCAGAAAGACGCAUCGGAAUGGCCAAAGGCUCUGGCAUGCUCAGAAUCAAUUCCUGAGCUGCGAUCAAUACAGGCAAUUCACCUUGUCACCGAAAAGGUCGAAUUUAUGACUAAAUAUUCUUCAAUUAAUAAAUUAAAACGCGUGUUAGCUUACCCAAGUGGGGGUCGCCGACACCUACAAAAAAUACGAUAUCGUUCCAAUGUCGCAAAUCGGUACUAAAUUCCGACAUUGGAACGAUAUGGCUGAUGAACCAGAAUCAGUACAGAAUCGAUACUGACUCUCAGUAUCGUUAUUCAGACAUAUUUUAAAUGUCGAAUCGAUGCAGGUUUUCUGUUGGCAAAACGGUACUGUAUAACAGCCUCAAAAUCGACAUCGUGGCAAUGUUGAAAAUACAGUGCUGGAUCGCAUUCUCCAUUUCAGCGUCAGAUCGAUACCGGCAUUAUGUCCGUAUUUAGAUACUGAAUUUUGUUGUUUCCAUAAACAUCUAAACGACAUCGCAAUCAUGUCGUUGGCCGAGUACAGGAUUUCGACUAUGACCAAGCAUCAAAACGAUACGGUGGCAACUUAGCAAUCCAAUAUCGAAUUCUAUACUGGAAAUCAGUAUCGUGACGGUGCCAAAGGAAUGGUCAUAUGUCUAUGCUAAAAUAUUUUGCUAUGCUAGAAUUUUUUUUACGCCUAAUAUCUUUUCGAAUAUUAAAGAUAUCGAAAGAUUGCAAAAUAUUAAUUUUGAUGUAAAUUAAAUGUGCUAUAUUUCUGUCCCCCUUUUUGUUUGUAUGUUAUAUACUCUCCAUGUAAAUUGAAGAAAAAAGUGGAAAUUACUCGCUAAAUGGGAACAACAUUUUAUUUACGCAUAAAAAAAUUGAGAUUGGUUGUAAAAUUAUCAUAAAUUGGAAAAAUUAAACCUUAGAAAAAAAUAUUUGUGUAAAAAUGUUCGUGCAUUUGUUUUUGUUUGGAAUGACAUGAGAGGGACAAGGACGAAGAGCCUUUGUCAUGGUGACACAUGUGGCAGCCAGCCGCCCUCUCCUUUCCCCUUUCCCCAGGCGUCAACUACCUGAAAAUUUUACUGCUCUCGGAAGAAUUUUCAAGUAUUUCUCUUUCAGUUGACCAGUGAGUGUUACCCGAAGCAAAGUGUUAAGUGAAGUGUUUGAAAAAUGGAUUGUGUUUUUAGCAAAAUUGAGCUGGCGAGAAUGCGAUCACGUUGGCUAUCACUUUGCCCUUCAAUACAGUGGAAGAGCUCAACGCAUUUGACGAAAUCCUCAGGGACAGUCCCGAAAAGAAGAAAAUCUUGCAAUCAGUGAUGGCAACGAGAUGUACGGGAUCAACGAGUCUGAAGGAAAGUCUCACAGCUACUCUAUCCGGCCUUCUAUCGAAACAAUUACAACUCGAAUAUUCGGCUUGUGGAAAGGAAACUCGUGGCCACACAAAGCUUUCUUUCAAAGAUACAUCCAUAUAUGGAUGUUUAGAAGCGGUUCUUAUCGAGAUACAUAGUGUUUCAGCCACUUUGAUCGUCUCAAAGAUGAGUAGAUGGUUCACAGGAGCUAUUGAUCGCUCAGGAAACGGAAGACGGCGUACAGCACCACGUCCCAGGCAAUAAAAUC